AUGUCGGAGAAGGCGCCCCACGUGCUCGGCGGCACGCGCCCCAACAUCGAUGAGCGCUUCCACUUGACCAACGUGGACGAGCGAGAAGCAGCCGCAGCAGACGGCGUGUCCCGACCGUCGAUCUUUACGCUACAGGCCGAAGACGACGUGCCCGAAGUCACAACUAUUGAGAGUCUGUGCAUGAACUGCCACGAAGACGGCACGACGAAACUGCUGCUGACGAUGAUCCCGUACUUUCGUGAGGUGAUCCUCAUGUCGUUCGAGUGUGAGCACUGUGGCUUGAAGAACAGUGAGGUGCAGUUUGGCGGCAAAGUGCAGGAGCAGGGCGCGAAGCUCGAGCUCGAGCUCACGGACCACGAGGAUCUGAACCGUCAGUUGAUCAAGGCCGACGCUGGCUCGAUCUACUUCCCGUCGCUGGACUUUGAGAUUCCUCGCGAGACGCAGCGAGGCAGCAUUAAUACAGUGGAAGGAUUCCUGCAGAACGCGAUCGACGGGUUGCGUAAGAACCAGGAACACCGACGAGAGACUGACCCGGAGACGACCGCGAAGAUCGACGAGUUCAUUGUGAAGCUGGCGAUGAUGGCCACUGGAAGUACGCUUCCGUUCAAGAUCGUGCUGGACGAUCCGUCCGGGAACUCCCACAUUGAGAACCCGCACGCGCCUGCGGCUGAUCCGAAGCUGAAGGUGACGCACUACUACCGUUCCGAGCAGCAGGAUCUGGACUGUGGACUACAGCCUGACAUGUCGCAUGACGCACCGACACAGACUCCGCGUGUGCUACCGCACCGGAACGAAGGUCUGGACAAGUUUGUAGAGGAAGCGAACAUUGCAAAGAAAGAGGUGAUCCAGAUCCCUGCCAACUGCUUUGCAUGCCAGGCACCGGGGUUCUCGUGCAUGUGCAUGACAGACAUUCCGCACUUCAAGGAGGUAAUCAUUAUGUCGUUCAACUGUGAAGCAUGUGGUUUCAAGACGAACGAAGUGAAGGCUGGUGGCGCCAUUCCACCUCAAGGUGAGCGCAUGACGCUCAAGGUGGAUGUCAGCAAAGACCCAGACGUGCUGGACCGCGACAUUCUCAAGUCGGACUCGGCAUGCGUCAACAUUCCCGAGAUUGAGCUCGAGAUGGCGCACGGUUCGCUCGGUGGACUGUACACGACGCUCGAGGGGUUACUCAGCAAGAUCCGUCAGAACAUUGAAGAAGGGAACCCGUUUGCCAUUGGUGAUAGUGACGGCGGCCGCUCGCUGCUAAACGCUUGGCUAGCUCGUCUUGAUGCUCUGAAGCACGGGUCGGAGCCGUUCACGCUUAUUCUGGAGGACCCGCUCGCCAACAGUUUCAUCUACUCGCCGUAUGGCAGUGCUCACGACGAUCCGUACAUGACCGCCGAGAAGUUUACGCGGUCAGAGUUCGAAGACGAUGUGCUAGGCAUCACAGACAUGAAGGUAGAGAAUUACUCGGAGGACACUGGCCUCGGCAGCAUCGCCGAGGAAGAGGACAAGAGCUCUGUUGAAGUGAUCCGUAGUGACAAGGAGACAAUGGGUGGUGGGCACGCUAUCGAUCCGUCCAAGUACCACCCGAACCCGUCAGCCGUCAUGGAGGUACGACAGCAGCAACAGCAGCAGCAACAACACAGCAGCAGCAGCAGCGACAGCAGUUGA